GCCAGCAGUUACCUAGUACCUUAUACACCAAAGAAAACGUUACUAUUUUUUUUACUUACAGUAUGCCUCGGUGGAAACCUUUACUUUCUGUAAACAGCUGUGAAAUUAUACAAGAAGUAUAGCACGUUAGCUAUCAAACGUGUUAGCGCAAGCAAAGACAGGAAAACGUGCGAGCAGAAGUAGUUGGUCAGCUAACGUUAGCUAGCUGGUGUAGGUUAAUUGGCUAACUAUUGUUAUCUGCUGUGUUCCUGGGACCGUGCGGUGUUUUGCCUAACAUUAGCUGACUUAGUAGCAAAUUGUGAACUGAUGGAGUGCCCCCAUCUGAACUCAAGCGUGAGCUGUCCGACUGAUACCUCCAGGUUCCCUAACGGUACCCCGUCCUCCUGGUGCUGCAACGUUUGCAGGUCCAAUAAAAGUCCAUGGAUUUGCCUUACCUGUCUGAUGGUGCAUUGUGGAAGAUAUGUCAAUGGACAUGCAAAGAAACACUUUGAAGACAGCCAAGUGGUUGGCGUGAGUCAAAAGAAGGGAGAGAAACAGGAGAAAGAGAAAUCCCAUCAUUCUGUCUGCAUGGACUGCAGCAACUACAGCGUAUUUUGUUACAGAUGUGAUGACUUUGUUGUCAAUGACACCAAACUUGGGCAGGUACAGAAGGUGAGGGAACAUCUGCAGAGUUUAGAAAACUCAGCACUGAUAGGUGACAGACAGAGAAAGAGAAAACUUCAGGACAGCCCGGCCCCAGACAGCAAGUUGUUGAAAGACAAUGAUGGGGCGGCUUCAGGUGCUACAGGCCUUCGGAAUUUAGGCAACACGUGCUUCAUGAAUGCCAUCCUGCAGUCCCUCAGCAACAUCGAGCAGUUCAGCUGUUAUUUCAAGGAGUUGCCUGCAGUGGCUCUACGCAGCGGUAAGACAGCAGGAAGAAGGAUGUACCACACCCGAAGCCAAGGGGACACCAGUGUGUCUUUGGUGGAGGAGUUCAGGAAAACCCUUUGCUCCCUGUGGCAAGGAAGCCAGACAGCCUUCAGUCCAGACUCCUUAUUUUAUGCUAUAUGGAAAAUCAUGCCAAGUUUCAGGGGCUAUCAGCAGCAGGACGCACAUGAGUUCAUGCGUUACCUGCUGGACCACCUGCACAGGGAGCUCCAGCACAGUCGCAACGGAGCGUCUCACCCGGUCUCAGCUCAGGAUGGGGUCAGACUCUCCACCGGAGAGGGCAAAUGCUGCAUAAACGGGACUGCCAGUGUUGUCACAUCCAAUUUUGGUGGCAUACUUCAGAAUGAAGUCAACUGCUUGAUAUGUGGAACAGAAUCUCGAAAGUUUGAUCCAUUUCUUGAUCUGUCUUUGGACAUUCCCAGCCAGUUCAGACAAAAGAGAACUAAGGACCAGGAGCCAGGGCCGACCUGCACCUUACGUGACUGCUUGCGUAGCUUCACUGACCUGGAAGAACUUGAUGAAACGGAGCUGUACUAUUGCCAUAAGUGUAAAAAGCGACAGAAAUCCACCAAGAAGUUCUGGAUCCAGAUGCUGCCAAAGGUUUUGUGUCUGCAUCUAAAAAGGUUCCACUGGACAGCCUUUUUGAGAAACAAGGUGGAUACUUACGUGGAGUUUCCACUGAAACGCCUGGACAUGAGGGGUUACUUACUUGAGCCAGAGAACUCGUUACCAGGAAGCUGCCUGUAUGACCUCGUUGCUGUCGUGGUGCAUCAUGGAUCUGGGGUUGGAUCUGGACAUUAUACAGCAUAUGGCAACCACGAGGGCCGCUGGUACCACUUUAACGACAGCACAGUGACUCUGACCAGUGAGGACACAGUGAGGAAGGCCAAGGCCUACAUCCUCUUCUACGUGGAGAGGACUGAACAGGUGGCCUCAGACAAGACUGCCACAAACAAACCGGCUGGAGACACAGCAGCCGUGGUCAGCGGUCCUUCAGAGGCAGUCGCUAAGGACAAGGUCGCAGCAGACGCGGCUCCCGCAGGCACGGCUUUGACGGAUGUGCCAGCCUCACACAUGAAUACCCAUGAUGUGGCAGCCUCGGAUAAUGCUGCAUUGGAAAAUGUGGUUGAAAACAUGGCUGAACUGCACGAAGCUGAAACAGCUUCAACGGAGGCCGAGACAGAUGGAGAUACCUCAGACAAGGCUGCAACAGAAGAAGCCAGCCAAGCUAUUCAGGCCUUUGCACAAUGAUGUCUCAGUCCAGCCCCUCACUCCAUUUUGGCUUCACCUCAGUCACAUUUCUCACAGUGCUUGAUUUUAAAUAAUUCAUUUUUACAUUCAAUAUAUGUGCAACUUUUUUUAUGACCUGCACGACAGCAUUGUGUAUAAUUUACUGCUUGGAUUUUGUUUAGUAUGACUUUUUGUGUAUAUUUUCGUGUUUUAUUACUCAGUUGAGGUAGAUUUUUCCGUAUAGAUUCCAAAGGUGAUUGUCUAAAAAAACAUUGAAGUAAAGCUGUAGCCUUGGAAAACCUCAGAUGGUCCAAUGUUUAGCCUAGACUGAAGAUACUGAUUGUGUCAAGACACUGUCAUUGUAACAAUAAUCUGAGUUUCUAUAGGUUUAAAACAUUUUAAUUUUGUAAUUUGCACCUCUUGAGAACCUCAUAGUUCUGUAUUUUAGGGGAGAUUUUAGGAUAUACAGUAGAAUGCAAUGCAUUCAUUGACUGACAAGUCCUCAGUUGGGCUUCAGAAAGUUGUUUUAACUCCUUGACCAGAACCAAUGUGAAAGAAAUGAUUUUUGUCAAAUUGUUUUGUUUAUCUGUAUUGACGCUGAAGCAUAAUUUAACAUUUUAUUGAUUUGAAAUGGUCUAAGAAACAGGCCCUGAUGAAACAUGUGUCAGACAAAGUGAACAUGACAGAAUACAAUGGCGAAUCUUUUUCAAGGUUUUUUUUUUCUUUGGGGAAAAAAAAGUUAAGGUGCAGCCUUUUCUGAACACCACUCCUUUUAGAAGCGACCCAGUAAAUGUAUUACGACAGCCAGACAACGUGUAGAGAAGAAGACAAAGUUGUUUAUUUCUGCAAUUACUUUUUCAAGCAGUUAAUCUUUUUAUCCACUCAGUGCCAAAGUCUUAUUUAGUAAUCUUUUAAAUAGCACAAGCUCCUACUGAAGUCAUAAUAAUUAAGCUACCACGCUUAGUCUUACACGUCUUAUCAGGGAAAAUUUCCUGAGAUUUACAGUCUAAUUGGAGAGUUUGUGAAUCACUGACAUUUGAAUUUCGCCAUAGUUUAUCAUAGUUACAGCUGAGAAAUGUUCUGGUCCAUUCUGAGGACAUGUCCCAGCCAUUGGAGAUGGUGCUGUUUGAUCUCCACAUUGCGACAGUUUGUUUGUUGAAAUCCUUUCCGGCCAGAAGAUUCAACAUAUCCUACAGAGCAGGGGUUGGCCGAUAAUGUUUUUUUUAGAGCUAAUACUGAUUAUUUGUAGUUAAUGAGAUUGAUAACCGAUAUUUUUUUUUACAAUAAAAUUGAAAAUCUUUCUGUCAAUAUUUAGAAUUUAGAACAUAAAAACCUCCAACUUUCUUUUUAAUGCCUUUAGCAAAUGUUUAAUCAAAACUGAAACGUUCAACAUCAUAUACAGCAAGUUCCCAGUAACUCUU